AGCAGGAGGCGGAUACCCUUAACUCCAAUCCUCUCUUAUGAGGUGGGGUUUCUUUUCUGGUGUAAAACACGUGUCUUGAUCCCCCAGUUUGUCUGCUGCUUGUCUUAAAGUCGCAAAACUCUACGCUCUACUUUUAUCUUCACCUAGAAUAAGAAGUAGACUGUUGGCCAUGGCUGAGCGUGUGCUUGUUAUUGGGAGUGGUGGACGCGAGCAUGCGCUGGCAUGGAAGCUGGCUCAAUCACCUCAUGUCCAGCAAGUCCUAGUUGCCCCGGGUAAUGCAGGCACAGCCAACUGUGGAAAGAUCUCCAACUCCGCUGUGAGUGUCAGUAACCACACCAUCCUGGCCCAAUAUUGCAAAGAUCAUAAUGUGGGACUGGUGGUGGUUGGUCCAGAGGUUCCCUUGGCUGCAGGUAUGGUAGAUGAUCUGACUGCAGCAGGUAUAACAUGUUUUGGACCAUCUGCAAAGGCUGCACAGCUGGAAGCAAGCAAAAGUUUUGCUAAAGGUUUCAUGGACCGUCACAGCCUCCCCACAGCCCGCUGGAGCGCCUUCACUGACCCUCAGGAGGCCUGCAACUACAUCCGAGAAGCCGAUUUUCCAGCACUGGUGGUUAAAGCCAGUGGUCUUGCUGCCGGUAAAGGAGUGAUCGUAGCGAAAGAUAAGGAUGAGGCCUGUCAGGCAGUGCUGGGCAUCAUGAAGGACAAGACAUUUGGUGCUGCUGGUGAUACUGUGGUGGUGGAGGAACUGCUUGAGGGAGAGGAAGUUUCAUGUUUGUGUUUCAGUGACGGCACCACGGUAGCUGCUAUGCCUCCAGCACAGGAUCACAAACGCCUGCUGGAUGGAGAUCAGGGUCCAAACACGGGGGGAAUGGGGGCUUACUGCCCCACGCCACAGGUCUCUGAGGAGAUGCUUCAACAGAUUAAAACCUCUGUGCUACAGAAGACCGUAGAUGGCAUGAAGCAAGAGGGUGUGCCGUAUGUCGGUGUGCUGUAUGCAGGGCUCAUGUUGACUAAGCUGGGACCAAAAGUACUGGAGUUUAACUGCAGGUUUGGUGACCCUGAAUGUCAGGUGCUGCUGCCCCUGCUGAAGAGUGAUCUGUACGAGGUGCUGAAGAACACAAUCCAAGGCAAACUUGCCUCCAGUCCUCCUCUCUGGCUGGAAAACAGUGCUGCAGUUACUGUGGUUAUGGCCAGUGAAGGCUAUCCAGCAGCCUACAAGAAAGGAGUUGAGAUCACAGGACUGUCUCAGCUCACAGAAAUGGACCUGCAGGUGUUCCAUGCUGGCACUGCACUGAAGGAAGGGGGUGGAGUCGUGUCUAGUGGUGGGCGUGUUCUGACGGUCACAGCGGUUCGUCCCACUUUGGAGAGCGCCCUGCUCGGCGCGAACGCGGGCGUGGCUGCUGUCGGCUUCCCAGACGCAGUGUACCGGCGCGACAUUGGCCACCGUGCCAUCAGCUUCCUCACUCGUUCCAGAGGACUGACAUAUAAAGACAGUGGAGUGGACAUAGCAGCCGGGAACAAGCUGGUGGACAUCAUAAAACCUCUAGCCAAGGCUACGUCUCGCUCAGGAUGCAGUGCUGAGCUCGGAGGCUUUGCUGGCUUGUUUGAUCUAAAAGCUGCUGGAUUUGUUGACCCCAUACUCGUAUCUGGAACUGAUGGAGUUGGCACCAAACUAAAGAUCGCACAGGCGUGCAACAUCCACGGCAGCCUCGGCCAGGAUCUGGUAGCCAUGUGUGUGAACGACGUCUUGGCUCAGGGAGCAGAGCCGCUCUUCUUCUUGGACUAUUUCUCUUGUGGGCAGCUGGAUGUGGCCGUGGCUUCCUCUGUGAUUCGUGGGAUUGCUGAAGCUUGUCAAAUGGCGGGUUGUGCAUUACUGGGUGGUGAGACGGCUGAAAUGCCAGGAGUAUACGGUGCAGGAGAAUACGACCUGGCAGGGUUCUGCGUCGGUGCUGUUGAACGCAACUCCCUGCUCCCCAGAUUAGGAGACAUUCAGGAAGGGGACAUGCUGAUCGGUGUGGCGUCCUCUGGACUGCACAGCAACGGCUUCAGUCUAGUGAGGAAGAUUCUGGAACGAGACGGACUUCAGUAUAGCUCUCCAGCUCCAUUCGGACCAUCAGGACAAACCGUAGGUGAGGUUCUGCUCACACCUACUAAAAUCUAUAGCCGUCUUCUCCAACCAAUCUUACGCAGCAGAGCUGUGAAAGCCUACGCGCACAUCACUGGAGGAGGACUGCUGGAGAACAUUCCAAGAGUUCUGCCUAAAGAGCUGGCUGUGGACAUGGAUGCCAUGCAUUGGCGGAUUCCUCCCGUUUUCUCGUGGCUCCAGAAGGAAGGCGUGCUCUCUGAGGAGGAAAUGAGUCGCACCUUCAACUGUGGCCUCGGAGCAGUGUUGGUGGUGGGCAAGCAGGACGCACAGAGGGUACUAAGACAAGUGCAGGCUCAAGAGGAGGCUUGGAUUGUGGGCUCGAUCACACACAAACUGCCGGGUGCAGAAGCUGUGGUCAUUAGGAACCUGGAGCACAGUCUGAAAGCGGGUCCAAACCCGUCUCCUGACACCAGCGCAGUGCAGAACGACGCGUCUCCGAUACAAUCCAGCUCUCGCAGGAGGACCAAAGUGGCUGUGCUGAUCUCAGGGAUGGGCACCAAUCUGCAGGCACUGAUGGAACAGACCAAGAAGACCUCAAGUUCUGCUGAGAUUGUGGUGGUCAUCUCAAACCGUCCAGGCGUGCUGGGGCUGAAGAGAGCGUCUAUGGCAGGCAUUCAGACACGGGUGGUAGACCACAAGCUGUAUGGCAGUCGUGCGGAGUUUGACAGCACCAUCGACCGUGUUCUGGAGGAGUUUGGAGUGGAGCUGGUGUGCCUCGCUGGCUUUAUGAGAAUCCUCACUGGGCCCUUUGUCAGAAAGUGGAACGGCAAGCUGCUGAAUAUCCAUCCAUCACUGCUGCCUUCCUUCAAAGGUGUGAACGCACAGAAGCAAGCGCUGAUGGCUGGGGUUCGGAUAACAGGCUGCAGCGUGCACUUUGUGGCUGAGGAGGUGGAUGCAGGAGCCAUCAUCGUACAGGAAGCUGUUCCCGUUCUGACAAACGACACAGAGGACAGUCUGUCCGAGCGCAUCCGGGUGGCCGAGCACCGGGCCUUCCCUGCUGCGUUAGAGCUCGUAGCCAGCGGAGCGAUGAGACUCGGAGAAGAUGGACACAUCAUCUGGAACCAGUAGCAUAGGCGUUGAGAGAAAUAUUCAGAUCGGAGAUAACGUGGUAGCUCAUGGACAAAAAAAAAGUACCUUUGAUUCUCAAUUAGUCUUAAUCCCACUGUGUUAGUCAUGUGUUAACUUUAGUGUGUCGUACAUUCUGCUCCAUGGAUGGACACCGACUGAAACUGUUACAUUCCAAACGGACUCAAGAAAGCAGUUAUGUUAGUAACUUAGCUGCUGUUAAGAGUCCACUUUCCCCAUUGCUCUUAUUGUGAUGCGCAGUAACGGAUUUGCAUGACAAAUUAGAAGUCGUCAGUUUCUCCACAUUAAUGGCUGGUGAGAAACUGCAGUAAAUUGUUGUUAAUGUUCUUUGCAUGUAAAAGCUGAAAUGUAAAAUGCCUGCUACUGAUUAUAUUAAAGCUUCACCUCUUCUUCUUGUACUACA